CUGCCUGCUCUGUUGUUGUGGUCGGGGCGCUGGGAGGGGUCAUUAUUUCGCAGGGAGCGUUAGGAGGAGGAGGCAUUUCCGAGACACCGACAGAAGCGUGUAGCUUUUCGAUUCAGCACCACAAGACUGAGGAAAGCGUCCGGAUUGAGUCGGUUUUCACUCCUCGCCGUGGCUUAACCGAACCAGCGGGGCACCAUCUUUUUUUUUUAUUUGUGGGAGUACUCCGUGAGACCAGCCGCCGUGCACUAUUUGCGGACCUGCAAGAGGUGUCAUCCCCAUCGGUUAAAGAGACCAUGACGACCGCCACCUCCCCUAUCCUGUUGAAAUGGGACCCAAAGAGUCUUGAGAUCCGCACCCUGACUGUGGAGAGGCUUCUGGAGCCCCUGGUCACACAGGUGACAACUCUGGUGAACACCAGCAACAAAGGGCCGUCCAGUAAGAAGAAGGGCCGCUCCAAGAAGGCCCAUGUGCUGGCGGUGUCCGUGGAGCAGGCCACUCAGAACUUCCUGGAAAAGGGAGAGCAGAUUGCCAAAGACAGCCAGGACCUGAAGGAUGAGCUCAUCGCCGCUGUGGAGGACGUCCGUAAGCAAGGAGAGACGAUGCGCAUCGCCUCGUCGGAGUUUGCGGACGAUCCGUGCUCCUCCGUGAAACGUGGCACCAUGGUGAGGGCCGCCCGCGCUCUGCUGUCCGCCGUCACCCGCCUGCUCAUCCUCGCCGACAUGGCCGACGUCAUGAGGCUGCUGGCCCACCUGAAAAUCGUGGAGGAGGCUCUUGAGGGUGUAAAGAAUGCCACCAAUGAGCAGGACCUGGCCAACCGCUUCAAGGAGUUUGGGAAGGAGAUGGUGAAGCUGAACUAUGUGGCAGCCCGCAGACAGCAGGAGCUGAAAGACCCCCAGUGCAGAGAUGAGAUGGCAGCCGCCCGCGGGGCCCUCAAGAAAAACGCCACCAUGCUGUACACGGCCUCACAGGCUUUCCUGCGCCACCCCGACGUGGCGGCCACACGCGCCAACCGAGAUUACGUGUUCAAGCAGGUCCAGGAGGCCAUCGGGGGCAUCUCCAGCGCCGCCCAGGCCACUUCGCCCACCGACGAGAAGCACGGCCAUGCCGGCAUCGGAGAGCUGGCUGCUGCCCUCAACGAGUUCGAUAACAAGAUCAUCCUGGACCCCCUGACGUUCAGCGAGGCCCGCUUCCGGCCCUCUCUGGAGGAGCGCUUGGAGAGCAUCAUCAGCGGCGCCGCGCUAAUGGCCGACUCCUCCUGCACGCGCGACGACCGCCGCGAACGCAUCGUGGCCGAGUGCAACGCCGUCCGACAGGCCCUUCAAGACUUGUUGAGCGAGUACAUGAACAACACUGGCAGGAAAGAGAAAGGAGACCCGCUGAACUCCGCCAUUGACAAAAUGACCAAAAAGACACGGGACCUGCGCAGACAGUUGAGGAAGGCGGUUAUGGACCACAUCUCGGACUCUUUCCUGGAGACCAACGUCCCUCUGCUGGUGCUCAUUGAAGCAGCUAAGAGUGGAAAUGAGAAGGAGGUCAAGGAGUACGCCCAGGUGUUCCGCGAACACGCCAACAAGCUGGUGGAGGUGGCGAACCUGGCUUGCUCCAUCUCCAACAAUGAAGAGGGCGUGAAGCUGGUGCGGAUGGCGGCCACCCAAAUCGACAGCCUAUGUCCACAGGUCAUCAACGCCGCCCUCACUCUGGCCGCCCGCCCCCAAAGCAAGGUGGCCCAGGACAACAUGGACGUCUUCAAGGAUCAGUGGGAGAAGCAAGUGCGCAUCCUCACCGAGGCGGUGGACGACAUCACCUCCGUGGAUGAUUUCCUGUCUGUGUCAGAGAACCACAUCCUUGAAGACGUCAACAAAUGUGUAAUUGCUCUGCAAGAGGGGGAUGUGGACACUCUUGACCGGACCGCUGGAGCCAUCCGAGGCCGAGCCGCUCGUGUGGUCCACAUCAUUAACGCCGAGAUGGAGAACUACGAGCCGGGGGUCUACACCGAGCGCGUGCUGGAGUCCAUCAAGCUCCUGUCUGAGACUGUCAUGCCCCGUUUUGCCGAGCAAGUGGAGGUAGCCAUCGAGGCGCUGAGCACGAACCCUCCGCAGGCCUUUGAAGAGAAUGAGUUCAUCGACGCGUCGCGUCUGGUGUACGAUGGCGUCCGCGACAUCAGGAAAGCUGUUCUCAUGAUAAGGACACCAGAGGAGCUGGAAGAUGACUCCGACUUUGAACAGGAAGACUAUGAUACUCGCAGCAGGACCAGUGUCCAGACUGAAGAUGACCAGCUUAUUGCUGGACAGAGUGCCCGGGCCAUCAUGGCACAGCUCCCCCAGGAGGAGAAGGCCAAGAUCGCCGAGCAGGUGGAGAGUUUCAGGCAGGAGAAAUGCAAGCUGGACGCGGAGGUCGCCAAGUGGGACGACAACGGCAACGACAUCAUCGUGCUCGCCAAGCAGAUGUGCAUGAUCAUGAUGGAGAUGACGGAUUUCACCAGAGGCAAAGGCCCCCUGAAGAACUCCUCAGAUGUGAUCAAUGCGGCUAAGAAGAUUGCUGAGGCCGGUUCCAGGAUGGACAAAUUGGCCCGCGCUGUUGCAGAUCAGUGCCCAGAUUCGGCGUGCAAGCAGGAUCUGCUUGCCUACCUGCAGAGAAUUGCUCUGUACUGCCAUCAGCUCAACAUCUGCAGCAAGGUGAAAGCGGAGGUCCAGAACUUGGGCGGAGAGCUCAUUGUGUCCGGGCUGGAUAGCGCCACCUCUCUGAUCCAAGCCGCCAAGAACCUCAUGAACGCCGUGGUGCUGACGGUAAAGGCCUCGUAUGUAGCGUCCACUAAGUACCAGAAGGUGUACGGGACGGCGGCGGUCAACUCGCCCGUGGUGUCCUGGCGCAUGAAGGCCCCCGAGAAGAAGCCCCUGGUGAAGAGGGAGAAGCCCGAGGAGUGCCAGACGCGCGUACGGCGAGGCUCCCAGAAGAAACACAUCUCCCCCGUCCAGGCCCUCAGCGAAUUCAAGGCCAUGGACUCCUUCUAAGGAAGACAAAAAAAAGAAAAAAAAAAAAAAAAAGAUGUAACGCCCAAGAAAAACAACGAAACAGUGACGAGUUGUUGAAAAAGUACCUUUUUACAUUGUGUUGACCCACCUCUGUUUGCCCCAGUGUGUGCUUGGUGACACCUCAGGAGACGUUCAGUAUGUGUCAAACUGCCCCCCCGCUGUGGCUCCUGGGAACUCUGUGGCCCCCGAGGCCCACAGGCCGCCGCCGGCACACACCCAAAAGUAUUUAUCAACCUUAUUGUAGCUUAUUAUGUGAGAAAGCCAAACUGUGUCACAAACACGACUACUUAUGAAACGAUGGGAUUUAAAAAAAAAACAAAACAAAAAAAAAGAAACAUAUCAGGGGAAGAUGAGUGGCAUUGUGGGUAAAAAGAAACAAAAAAUGAAAAAUAAAAAAAAAACCCAGAUGAGGCAGUUGAUAUUCUAGCUAUAUCAUUAACGUGCUACUGAAUGGCUGCUUGUAUACACACAUAAACUUAAAGUGAAGAUCCUGAACGGUUCAACAGAGAAUUCUCCAGGGACGAUAUCAGUGUUGGUAUGAUCCCUCUUGAUAUUUUUUUUUUUUUUUUUUCAAUUUGAAUGUUAACAUGUAGAAAUAGGAAUAACUUAUGUUAAAGAUACCUGGAAGUGUCAGCAUCCGAGUAGUUUCCUUGUUCCUGAUGAUUAUAAUGAUAAUAAUCCAUAUGGUGUUUUUUACCAAAGCACACUUAUGGUCUAUUGUAUUGCCUUUUUGAAACCCUUUUAUUUAAUGAUUAUCACUAACUAUGAUGACCUUGUUUGGAAGUCGUGUAGCGUAUCAUAUAGACGGAGAGGUUUGAGUAGUCGUGGUUUGCUCAGAGAA